GUUGGACCUUAAUUUAUUUGUGAAAUGCAGCAAAUGGUUCGAUAAGUGGAAAGCAGAAUAUCUUGAGGAAUAUUUUUUUUUCCAAAAAGAGUUUAUAAGUCGAGCGAGCUUUUCAAGGAGUCCCCGAAUAGAAUGGCUCACUUGAAGUUGUGACACACGAAGAAUCAGCUAUGGAAUCACUUGAUCAAGAAAUCGUUAAAUAUAUAACGGAAGAAGAUAUAAAGGAUAUAGUAAAGAAAUGUGGUUAUGCACAUAAAGACGUAACGUUUGUAUAUUAUAUAGAAAAUGCUAGUGAUAAAAUGUUAGGAUUUUUAGCUGAUUAUUGGAGACUUCAAAUUCAUAUAACAAAUGACCAAUCGGAGUCAAGAAAAGUGCUGCCCUUUUUCGUCAAAGCUAUUUCUAGAUCUAAUGAAGCGAAGGCUUCUAUGGCAACAGAGUUUAACCUGUUCCAAAAAGAAGUAUUAUUUUAUUCAGUUAUCAAAAAGAAGCUCGAAUUAAAUGAUUUGAAACCAUGGAGUCCAGAAAUGAUAACAAUCAUAAACGAAGAUACAAUGGUAUUUGAAGAUUUAGCGGUAUCGCAAUACAAGUCGCGUAAUAAAUUUGAAAGAUUUGACAUGGCGCACACUCUACAAGCAUUGAACACUUUAGCUAGAUUUCAUGCUACUUCUAUUAUAUAUGAAGAAAAUAAUAGCAAGCAUCUACGGCGAACAUAUCGCUUAUAUGAUGAAUUCAGUCAUCAAUUUCUUGAAGAAAGAGGAUACGCUAAAACGAAUACUUGGUUUAUACAGUGUAUGAAUGGAGCAUUAGAAGCUGUACGAGAAUUUUCUAAAUACAAGGAUAAUGAAAAACUGUUAAUAAAAGUAGGUGAGGAUUGGAAAAAUAUUUGGUUCUCCGCCUUAGACAUAUGUAACUACUCAACGAAAUAUAGAAAUGUUAUAUGUCAUCGAGAUUUAUGGAACAACAACAUUAUGUUUCGUUAUAAGAAAGUUGAAGACGGUAUGGAACCAGACGAUUGUAUAUUUGUCGAUUUCCAAGCUGUGCAUUUUCAGCCUCCUGCUGGUGAUGUCAUUAUUCUAUUGUAUUGUAAUUUAGAUACAAAAGUUCGUGAAGAAAAUUCAAACUUAUUCUUAAAUUACUAUUACAAAGAAUUAUCAACAAAUCUCGAAAAUCAUGGCAUUGUUAUAAAUGACGUUUUAAGCAAAGAAGAUUUCUUAAAUUCAGCUGAAGAAUUGAAGAAGUGGGGUCUUAUUGUUCGCGCUUGUUUAACACCGCAGAUUUGGAUAGACGAUGAAUUCACAACGAAAAUCUUUUCUGACACCGAACAGUUCAAUGAUAUAAUGGCAAAAAAUAAAGGAAAGUUUAUAAAGACGAUGAUGCUAAUGAAUCCGAAUUAUAAAGAUAAAGUAAUAGAAGUCUUUGACGAAAUUAUUGAGAGAUAUUGUAUUAACAAUGAGAUAAGUUCACAAUAACCAGACUUUGUGUAGUUUUCCUAUGGUUCAAUCAGUUAACCGCACCUACAGUGCGGUCAAGAGUAAAAUGUACAAUACUGCAAAUUUCGUUACUCAGAACAAAACAUUGUUAAAAAUUUAAAAAGAACAUGAUCUAAUAAAUGUGUUAGGUAUAUUUUAUUCAACUGACAGAAAC